GCCAGAGGGUGGCGCGCGCACCCCGGAAGCAGCGGUGGCCGCACCCGGAAGCGGCGGCGAUACCCGGAAGCGGCGGCAGGGCAGGAUGGACGACACGCUCUUCCAGCUGAAGUUCACAGCGAAGCAGCUGGAGAAACUUGCCAAAAAAGCUGAGAAGGACUCCAAGGCGGAACAAGCCAAAGUCAAGAAGGCCCUUCAGCAGAAGAAUGUGGAGUGUGCUCGUGUCUAUGCAGAGAAUGCCAUCCGCAAGAAGAACGAGGGGCUGAACUGGCUCCGCAUGGCUUCCCGAGUGGAUGCGGUGGCCUCCAAGGUGCAGACAGCAGUGACAAUGAAGGGGGUGACGAAAAACAUGGCUCAGGUGACCAAGGCUUUGGACAAAGCUCUGAGCUCCAUGGACCUGCAGAAGGUGUCUGCGGUGAUGGAUAAGUUUGAGCAGCAGGUUCAGAAUUUGGAUGUUCAUACAUCGGUCAUGGAGGACUCCAUGAGCUCCGCUACCACACUGACCACACCACAGGAGCAGGUAGACAGCCUCAUUGUACAGAUCGCAGAGGAGAAUGGUUUGGAGAUCAUGGACCAGCUCAACCAGCUCCCCGAGGGUGCUUCAGCAGUAGGGGAGAGCUCAAUGCGCUCCCAGGAAGACCAGCUGUCACGGAGGUUGGCUGCCUUGCGGAAUUAGAUCUCCUGUUACCCCUGCGGACUGCUGCCAUGCUGGUUGUAUGGUGUAUGGGGAUGGAGGGACUCAGGACUCCUUUGUCUCUGCCUUUACCACGUCCUUGCUCUGACCUGCUGGCUGGGCAGGGCCAGCUCCUCCUGCAGCAACGUGUCCCCAGCCCUGUCCGCCUCCCUGCAGACUCUUCUUUUGGGGUGCAGUAGUGACCAGAGCAGGCAGAGAUCCCGACAGGGGGUGUGGAGCCAAGGACAGCCCUUCUCUGGGCUUGAUGAGUACUUUGCUGUUUCUUAUUUUAGGGUGUUUUUCAUUUGAGGGUUGCUGCUGGCUUCUCGCAGCGUCCCGUGAUGCAAUGUGAUUUAACACUAAAUGAAUCCUUUUGGAGGUGGGCCACAGUGUCUCCUGGGGUGCUGGCUGCCUGUCUCUUCCCUGUGUAGCCUGCUUCUGUUGUUACCUGCUUUUGGGCUUCUGUACUGUGGGCAGCACUUUGCUGGGGACCUACAGCAAGUGUCUGUCCACAUGGAGAAGAUUUACAGCGGGGGUGGGGGAGGCUAUGGUGUUUCUGGGGGGUUUGUGCCUUGCAGGAAGCAGUGCCCUUGCCCAGCUCUCACUGCUUGGUCCGUAGCCAUACGUGGGUGCCCUGCUUGCGGGCUUCUCCUUGCAGAUUCACCUCAUCAUGGCAGGCCAACCACCCUUGCUUAUCUUGACCACAAAGUGACCUUUAAAACCCUCCUCCUGCCCUGCACAAGCCUGUGUGUGUGAAUCCUUGCAUCUACCACCUCCCACCAGUACGGUUUGGCAGUGAGGUCUCUGUGCCAUGACUUAACCGUGUGCCCGGUCCAUGCCCAGUGCCCUGCAGCUGGGAGAGGAUCUCAGCUGCUCUCAGCCUUGGUUACUCAUCCCAGCCUUCUGCUGCUGGAUGGGUUUGCUGGUGUAAAUACCAAACUGCCCUGAGUGUGCAUCAACCAGCCCUGUGCUCUGCCUGGCCCCUGGCUCUCCCUGCUGCCAUUCCCACUCUGCUAUCCCCACCUUGCUGCAUCUGUGGUGUGUGUGAGCUGCUGCCUGCACUGGGGUGAGAGGUGCUGCUCUGCUCCCACCUCCCACAGUGGAACAUAACUGCUCAGAAAACCUUC